GCCGGGAUUUGAUCAGCAUCAUCACUACCGCUUGUCCCGGGCGGAUGGUCGUGUAGGAGGAUCGAGGCGUGAUCAUCGGUUUACUGUCUGAUCCACUGUUAGAUGUAACAGAACCGCGCGGUUUAGAGGAGUAACUCGUCCGAGUGAAUGCAGUCAUCCACCUUGAAUGGAAAGCUGUUAUUGUGGAUAUAACAAUAGCUGAGGGUUUUAACGAGAGCCACGUUCUCGGGUAGCCAAGAGGCGAGGUUGCUGAAUAUUACUGAGAUCAGGCAUCUAAGAAAAAAGGAUCUUAAUGGCAGAAAACAAUUUCCCUCCUCUCCCCCGUUUCAUCCCACUGAAGCCAUGCUUUUACCAAGACUUCAACGAGAUCCCGGACCAAAGGCGCACCAUGUGCAAGCGGUUGUACUAUCUCUGGAUCUUGAACAGCGCUACUCUGGCAGUGAACCUGAUUGGUUGUCUAGCUUGGAUGUGUGGUGGAGGCGGGGCAACUAACUUUGGAAUGUCCAUUCUCUGGCUGAUUUUGUUCACUCCCUGCUCCUACGUCUGCUGGUUCAGGCCCAUCUACAAAGCCUUGAAGACUGAUAGCUCUUUCAACUUCAUGGCGUUUUUCUUCGUAUUCAUGGCCCAGGUUGUGAUCAGUAUUAUUCAGACAGUGGGAAUUCCAGGCUGGGGAGUGUGUGGCUGGCUGGCUACCAUCACAUUCUUCAGCACUAAUAUUGGCUCUGCUGUGGUCAUGCUGAUUCCCACUAUUAUGUUCACAGCUGUGGCUGUGCUCUCCUUCAUUGCUCUCACCAAGGUCCAUAACUUCUACCGUGGCAGUGGAGGAAGCAUGAGCAAGGCUCAGCAGGAGUGGACAACAGGUGCUUGGAAAAACCCGCAUGUCCAAGAGGCGGCACAGCAAGCUGCUAUGGGGGCAGCACAGGGAGCCAUGCAGGGCCAGCAGUACUCCGCCGCCCCCACCUACAACUAUGAUGACCCCAUGUAAUGGGGUUAUUGUAAGAAAUAAGCAGAGGAGAUCAUAACAGGGUAUUAGAGAGGGUGGAGGGGUGGGAUACUGAAAAUAUGGUGACCAAAACUUAAAGGGACGAAAGCAAAUAACUGACCACUUCCAUUUCAAACAGGUUUCCCUAGAACUAUAAUGCACAGGCACUCACUUCAGCUGUUUUAAAAGUGUAUGGUAGAUUUAAGUAUUGUUUUUCCUCUCUUGGCCCUAUCAGUACUACAGUACUUCUCUUUUCUUCCUCCACCAAGGCAGUUUUAAUGACUAUAAGCUAUUCUGUCAAUGAUCAUAGGUUAAAUAUGUCUGGACUAGAGCUCUAACAACAAAGCAAUCUAUUACACUGUGUUUCUAUAGUAACUAGAUUACUGCUCCAACCUGUCCUUGAGCGGUCUGCAGAAAAUGGUAUUUCUGUAGGCGAUUAAAUGUGUAAGCAGACAGUUUCUGGCUGCUUGGUGAAUUCAUCUUACUGAUUUACAGGUCAGUGUAUUGUAAGUCUUCUGCAAAAGGCCAGCUAACACUAGAUUUAAUUUUUAAGUCUGGGACAUCUGGGGUGAAAUAGCUAGUAAUAUAGUAAAUUAAUCUGCUACUUUGCAUUUCAGUUAGAUUGAGCCAUUCAUUGGUCUUCGACCAGUAUCAAAAUGUGGCCUUACAAUAGGUCUUAAUGUUCUGGCUUGUUUUUUUUUAUUCAUGUUUCAUUCCAGUUUGUUUUGCUAUAAGAUAAAUAGCCAUACACUUGUACAUUUACUCUUUUUGUACUUUAUUUGUUUUGUUUUUGUGUAUUAUGUCAAUGGUGCAGGAUUGUAGUUAAUUAGAUGUAUACACUUUGUUGUUGUCAAUAUUGUUUUGUUACCUCAGGAUUUACAGGUCUUAUUUUGCUGUUGCACUGUAGCAUUGGUAAAAGGUCAGUCUGAAGAGAAUGUGCACUUUGCUUAAAUAUCAGUUUAGGACUGAGUUUUUAAAAUGUUGCUUACUCUAAAAAGUUCAUAAGGUUACUGAGAUUACAAAAAAUCUGAGUGUUUGCAGACACUGACCUUUAUUUCAGACGCCACUAGAAAAAAUCAGGGAAGCUCUCAGCAAAUAAUACUAAAAGAAGCUCCGUCCCCUUUAAAUUUCCUAGUGUUCAGAGAAUCACCUGUAUUGCGAAUCCCCCACUUGAGUCAUGAGCUACUGCUUUAUUUACCAUUUUAAUCAUGAUUUGAUGUGAGGUUGUUUUACUUUACUUGAAAUGAUAUCCAAUGUUAUUUGUACUGUUGGGCAUAGUGUGUAGUUGUGCAGUUAUCUUAACUGCAGAUUAACUCUUCCACCUGUUUUAGUGAAGCGAGACCUUUUUAUUGAGAAACAGCAGGAGACGAAAAAUGCCUGCAACUAAAGCACACUUGUUAUUCAGUCUGAAUUACAUAGGAAUCAUAAACAGUAUCAGGCACCUUUCGCUGAUAAAUAAUGAAUUCUGUAAUUUCGUAAUAGGAUUAUGGAUUUUGCUGUAAUAUCUCCUCUGAUUUUGUGUAAAUAUUUGCUGUGAUACAGUCAGUAAUCAGUAAUUGUUGUGUAAAAUUCCUGAAAUGAUAUGGAUCUGAAGGUGGUGUAAACCCUUAGUCAGCUGAUAAGGUUGUGGUAUUUUAAAUACGUGUAAUUCGUGUAAUUAAGACAUGACAGAUUGAUAUUGAUAUAGAGUUAUGUUUAUAGAAGAGGCUUGAAUUUAUCUCUGAAAGGGUCUGUGGGUUGUGCUUAGACUUGAAGUGACUGCAUUGAACGGUCUUUAUAUAUUCUCAAGUAUACUUUCAAUUCAUGCAAGUAAAUAGGUCAAAAUCACACUAUACAUGUACAGUAUAUGUGAUAUGUAAUCAAACUGUCUGAAUCAAGGCUUGUAAAAUAGCACCUCAUCUCAAGAACUGUGAAAUGUUUUCAUGUGCUCAUGUAUGGAGUGUAUAUUGAUGUGUAUGUUUGACUUUUUGUAUUCUUCUUAUUCUUUUUUUGUUUUUAGAUUUCUGUAAUGACCUUUAUUGUUUGGAUUAUUGAUAAGUGUAAGUGAGUGUGAGCAGCUUUAGCGUUCACUGUGUUGUACCUGUUACACUGGAAUGGUCAUGGGGCUUGGUAAAAGAGGACCAUCAGGUUUACCGCUUUGACGUGGUGUUUUAGUAGAAGUUGCCCUUAGAAGUGUUUUUUUUUUUUUUUGCCAGAAGAUAAUUAAGCCAGAAAUUUGUAAACCAGAGGAUGUAAACCAGUUCCUGAGGUUAGUUAACUGGGCGUGUUACAACAUAUAGGCCAGUGCUACGCUUCUGAGAACAAAAAAAGAGCGCCCUCUAGCUGAUGGGAGGUUUUACAGUUCCUCUCUUGUAUUCUUUCAGAUUAAAUAUAAAAUAAGACAAUAAUAAAUAAUGUUGUUAAACUUUGAACUAAACUAAGAAGCACCAGCAGAAGCUAAGCCCACUGUCCAUUGCCAAGACCCACUGCCCAUCUCUGUACCACAAGCUGAAUGCAUAAUCAACACUGUCAACAGUAGAUGAAGCCUUGUUUAUAGUGUAAAAUGACCAGAAAGAUGACAAUAGAACAAAAAAACGAUAGUCGUCUGUGUAAGGUGUGUCCUGUGUGGUGCUUGGUAAACUUGUGCCAUGUGUACAUAGGUGAUGUGUGUGUGCGUGCGUGCGUGUGUAUGUGUAGAUGUGUUAUUAUGUGUGUCCAACCCAAAAUGGAAUGUAUUUGUUGACUCGGAGAAAAGAGCUGCAGUCCAUUUUACGGGUUUUCUUUUCUUUCAUGUUUUAUUUCUUAUUUAAUCUUUUUGUCGUUUAUGUUGCUGUGACGGGUCAGAAUGUUCAUUUUUUAUUUUUUUAUUAGUUAGUUAGAGAUGAAUACUGAGUUAUCUUUAACAUAUUGAAGGGUAAAUAACUCUGGAAAUCAAGCAAUCCAUUGAGCGUGCUCUUUAAAAGCAUUUAGAGGAUUCUUUUCUAGUCCAUUUUGUAUUACUUUUGUAUUAUUUUGUGUCUCCCUGAUGGCUAGUAAACAGAUAUUGUUGCA